UUUUUUUUUUCUUCUUUUUCUUCUUUUCUUUAUUCAAAAUGUCCUUACUACUUACAAAGAAUUGUCAUUAUGCCAUCCUCGUUGCUAUUGAGGAUGGAGACAACUUUACUGCACAAGAUGAUAAAGACAUUUACAUUGCUUCUCGACUCAAUUUAAGACUUCCUCGUCCUGUGGACGAUUUAAUACCCCCCACCACUCUUAUUUCCACAAAACCCACCAUAUUGACAGAGCGACCUCAAUGGAGAACCACACUAGCCUACUAUGUAUCUAAUCAGAUCCUACACCGCCUUCGAAAAAGAGAAGCCGAAAUAACACUCGAGGUCAAUACUUUGGCCGUUAAGGGUGAACGAGACACAUUGGGUUCCAUGGUUCUUAAAAUGAAGAAUGCCAAAAUGGUGAUCCUGCAUGGAAAAAGAGAUAUUGCGCAGAUUCAGCAGUUUGUAGUAAAUAAAGGUGACUGGCUGAACAUUGACGAUAGUUGUAGGACAAGGGUUAAGACUGGUUUGUUUAUUGUGGAAAUGCCCCAUAAUGCAGACACGGUGGAUAAACAGUUUGGAACACCUUUACAGAUGCCUAUGAGAACAAACAAUCUGAAUGAUGGGAUAGAAAUUUGCUCGGAUAUCAGCUUAUUGUUAGCCAAUCGUAUGGAUGAUGAUAAUAGUUUAUUGAUAAACGCGGAAGAUGAAGAUGACUAUGGUAGACAUGUACAACUGGAAGAUGAAGAAGAUUUCGAUGCACAGCUCAUAGAGAACAAUCAUCAUGAUGAAGAAAGUGAAGAGGAAGAAGAAGAGGAUGAGGAUGAAGAUGAAGAUGGGGAUGAAGAUGAAGUUGAUGACGAGGAGGGAGAACAUACGAUAGCCAUUGGGGAAGGGCAAGAUCAGUUUAGCUUUGUAUUCCAGGUUAUUGAAGCCACACAUAUCCGUUCCCUGAUAGAAGGCGUACCAGAGGAUUCACAAGGAUUCUUUCAAUACGAGUUUGCUAAUAAACAGUAUCGAUGCUCAGUAGAUUCCAAGGUAGAUAGUUGGCGUGCAUUAGAACAUCACCAUAACAUAUACAUACAAGGUUAUUUGGAUGACAUAAAGGCUUGGAUGACCGAGAUAGCAACAGUAACAGUAUGCUUAAUUAUUGAAGACGCGGAUGGAAAGCAAGAUUUGAUAGGAUAUUCCGAUGUGUUUAUCAAGGGAAGAGAUAUUGGUGUUUUCGAACAAUCUGCGCUUAUCUAUGACUGUGACAAAUUAUGGCAUAUAAAUUCUGAUAAGCAAUUUUCAAAGCUACAGUUACAAUUUGGUUUAAUCGAAGGGUGGCUGGACGAAUUCCAUCAUGAUUAAAGUGUUAACACUUAAAUUGGGACAAAUAUAAAAAUGAUUUCAGACAAAUAAAAUUAUUUUUCGUACAACUGUUAGAAU